GGCACGCCAUACAUUUCAGGUAAACGCAUGGGUUUCGUGGGCUUCGUUUUCCGUGUAUUUAUGAUGCUCCGGAAGCUAGCGCCGCGCAAUUAAUUGGCUUUUCCCCAGCGGGGAGUCUACUUGUGCUUUCAUUAGUGAAUGGUUUGAUGUCGGUUUUUCAGUAUCGAAUGGAAGAGUCUAUAAUAUAAAAAAAGAGUUUUUGGAUGAAGACUGUUUCUGCGAUCAGAAUCUUGACACGAAGAUGCGGCUUCGUUUCAACUGAGGCUCGGGUUAGAAUACCGAAUUUUAGUUCUACAUCUUCUCUGGCUGUUUUGCUGUCUGCUGAAAGCCGCGAAUGUCGUUACCUUCAUACAAGCGGAAUUAUGCUGGGAGAAAUUCACAUUCUGAAAACCCCAGCAUUUGCAGAAAGUGUAACAUCAGGAGAUCUUAAAUGGAUAAAAGAAGCUGGAGAUUCUGUGCUUGUAGAUGAAGUGGUUGCUGAAGUGGAAACAGACAAAACUUCAGUUCCGAUAAACUCCCCUGUUAGUGGAGCUUUGAAAACUGUUCUAGUUGAGGAUGGCGAAUCAGUCGAGGCGCAUCAGAAUAUUGCCGAGAUUGAAGAAGGCGAAGUUGCUGCCAGCACUAGCGAGGUAGCUGAAAAACAGCCUGUCGAACAGAAAACUGAGGGCACUGUUUCAGCGUCUCAAGUUGAAGAAAAAGUUUCGGCGACAGAGUCUUCGACAGAUGCGGUAAAGCCACCAACGGAGGUCCCUCCCAUGCCAAAAGCUCCCGCUUCAUCAAAACCUGUUUCCGAGUUGUCUGUAUUAGAUGCUGGUGCCAAAUCCAGAUCUGAUCUGAUCGGAGGGUUCAGUAGAAACGAAACUAGAGUGAAAAUGAACAGGAUGAGGCUGAAAAUUGCGAAACGAUUAAAAGAAGCUCAAAACACAGCUGCGAUGUUGACAACAUUCAAUGAAAUUGAUAUGUCGAACGCGAUCGAACUUCGAAAUAAAAACAAGGAUAUGUUUUUGAAGAAACAUAAUCUGAAAUUAACAUUCAUGUCGGCCUUUUUCAAGGCAAGUAUAUACGCUUUGAAAGAUUCUCCGGCUGUCAACGCAGUUAUCGACGAUAACACUAAUGACAUAGUUUACAGGGACUACAUUGACAUUAGUGUUGCUGUCGCUACGCCUAAAGGACUCGUUGUUCCGGUUUUGCGAAACUGCAAUGACAUGAAUUACGUUGAAAUUGAAAAGGGACUUGCGCAACUGGCGUUGAGAGCUAGAAACAAUGAACUGGCCAUCGAAGACAUGGAUGGUGGAACAUUCACAAUCAGUAACGGAGGAGUCUUUGGAUCUCUGUUUGGGACCCCUAUCCUGAAUCCGCCUCAGUCUGCUAUCCUAGGCAUGCACGCAAUUAAUGAAAGACCGGUUGCUAUUAACGGCGAAGUUGAAAUUCGACCAAUGAUGUUUGUGGCCCUAACCUACGAUCAUCGUUUGCUUGAUGGAAGGGAAGCUGUUAUGUUCUUACGGAAAAUUAAAACCGCUAUAGAGGACCCAAGAGCUAUGCUACUGGACUUAUAGAUGCAGCAAAAAUUGAAUCGAACGAAUUUUGGCGCGUUACAUUAUUUCAAAUUUAACCUACAAUACUUAAGAUUACUAAACAAUGAAUAAAUUGUUGACUAAAUAAAA